GUUGGGCAACAUGAACCACCUGGCCAGCAGCAGAAAGACAACAACACGUUUCCUUCUCCUCGGCUGCCAAACAAUAUUUUCUCCUCAAUCAGCUGACAAAACUAAUACAAGAUGGGCAUCCUCGAGAGGAUCGGAGAAAUUGAGAAGGAGAUCGCCCGGACACAGAAGAAUAAAGCCACUGAAUACCACUUGGGUGUGCUGAAGGCCAAGCUCGCCAAGUACCGCACACAGCUGCUCGAACCCCAGGGCAAGAAAGGGGAGAAAGGCGAGGGUUUCGAUGUUAUGAAAAGCGGAGAUGCCCGAGUGGCGCUAAUUGGUUUCCCAUCUGUCGGCAAGUCUACCCUCCUGAGCACGCUGACCAACACUCAGAGCGUAGCGGCAUCCUACGAGUUCACGACACUGACUUGUAUCCCGGGAGUUAUUGAAUAUAAAGGGGCCAACGUCCAACUGUUGGAUUUGCCCGGUAUCAUUGAAGGAGCCUCUCAGGGCAAAGGUAGAGGCAGACAGGUUAUUGCCGUGGCCAGAACAGCAGAUUUAGUGAUCAUGAUGGUAGAUGUUACUAAAGGUGAGGUACAGAAGGAACUAUUAACUGCUGAGCUGGAGGCUGUCGGCAUCAGACUUAACAAGAAGAAACCCGGCAUCUACUUUAGGCAAAAGAAAGUUGGUGGUAUAAAGUUCAACGCCACUUGUACGCUGACCAAGAUUGACGAGAAGAUGGUGCAGAUGAUUCUACAUGAGUACAAAAUCUUCAACGCUGAGGUGAUAUUCAGAGAAGACUGUGCAGCGGAUGAACUGAUCGACGUCAUCUCUGGUAAUCGUGUGUACAUGCCGUGCCUCUACGUGUACAACAAGAUCGAUCAGGUAUCCAUCGAGGAAGUGGACAGAGUCGCUCAUCAGAAUAGCUGUGUUGUGGUCAGUUGUAACAUGAAGCUGAACUUGGACUACUUGCUGGAGAGGAUGUGGCAGGAACUUUCUCUUCUCCGUAUUUACACAAAGAAGCCCGGGAGAGCUCCGGAUUUUACCGACCCGAUCAUUCUGCGAGGGGGGGCCACCGUAGAGCACGUCUGUCACUCUAUCCAUCGGUCUAUUCUAUCUGUCUUCAAAUAUGCACUAGUUUGGGGUAAGAGCACAAAAUUCAAUCCCCAGAGAGUCGGCAUCCACCACAUAAUGAGCGACGAAGAUGUCAUUCAAAUUGUUACCAAAAAAUAGGUGGAUUAUUAUAACGUGUUAACCUUCCAAAAUAUUGUUAAGUUAAAUCAUUCACUAUCUCUCCCAAUAUUUAGUAUCCCCCCCAAAAACCCUUGAAAUAUCAGAAUUUUAUUUGAAGACGGAGAGUGUAUAGUUGUGGCGAAAAUUUCCUGAACUGUUGGCUAAUGUGGGGUAUCUACUCUGAGGUCAGAUACAGUGGUCCCUCGGUUAACGAACACAAUUCAUUCCAGAAGGUCGUUCGUUAACAGAAAAUUACGUUAACCGAAACUAUUGUUUCAAUGGGAUUUUAGGUAAUU